AUGAGUUAUCGAGGACGAGGUAGAGGAGGUGGGUAUAAUAACAAUUUCCAGAACAGAGGAAACUUCGGGAAUCAGCAACAAAAUGUCGAUGCCUUUGUAGCAGCAAAUGCUUAUCCAAUUGAAAUAGUGGGUUGGAAUGGUGCCAGCCUGAGUGAUUGCAUUAGUUUUAUUUCUAGAAAAUGCAGAAUUGUUGUCAGUAAUUAUAGCGUUGAUCACAACACUGGGGUUUUAAAAGGCUACGUCAGAAAUGAGUCUCAAGCAAACGAAUUACUUAAUUGGUCCGGAGUAAAAUUUGCUGGACAGUCAUUGAGAUUUUCAAAAGGUCCUUCGACAAUAUCCAACCAGAUGGGAGGCUCCGCUCCAGGAGCAGGAAGUACGAUUGAAACAAUAACCAACUUUUUAAAAGGUCGAUAUCAGCCUGAAAUUAAAAUGUUGAAUUUAAGCGGUGUCAAGCAAGAUGCAACUCUCAAUGCCCAGGGUUUCUUUGCAUCAGUUUCAGUAACAUCAAAGUUCUUUCCUGCAUUAAUGAAAAUAGCUAGUGAUUUGAAAAUUGACGUUGAAAGUGUCGAUUUAUCCAACAACGAACUUAAUGAUUUGCAAGCAAUUUCCUCCAUGACGCAAACGUUUCCAAAGUUGAAGAAUUUGUCGCUUCAAAACAACAACUUAUCCAGAACAAAGGUCUUUGAAACUUGGAAACACAAACUCAACUUUUUGAGGGAGUUGAUCUUGUUCAAUAAUCCUAUCGUUCAAACCACUAACCCAGCAGAAAUUCAAGAUAUCAAGUUGGAAUUAAUGAGAUGCUUUCCAAGAUUGGUAAUAUUGAAUGGUGAGUUAUUGAGAAAUGAACAGGUAUUAGAAGCUAGCUCUACAUCACCAUUUGGCUCCCAAGCGAUGUUUUUCCAGGAUGAAGACACCAAGAAUAUAGCCACAAAUUUCGUUGCAAACUAUUUGAACUUAUGGGAUACAAAUAGAUCUAACUUAAUGGUACUUUAUCAAAACGAAUCACAGUUUUCUAUGCAGUUGGACACUACGCAUCCUCAUUUAAUCGAAGAUGUGAAUAGUAGUUCGAACAUUGAUUUUGGAAAUUACAUGCCUAAUUCAAGGAAUCUUACUCGAAUUUCAUCUGGCAAGGCUAGGAUGAGUAAAUUAACAACUGGAGCAGAGCAAAUCUAUAAAAGUUUUCAACAGCUACCUAAGACCAAGCACAAUCUAGUGGAAAAUCCCAGCUCAUUUAGCAUGGAGUGUUACAAAUAUGCCCCACUCAAUGGAAUUGUCAUCACCGUACAUGGGUCAUUUGAAGAAACUGCACAGCCUGAAAUUUCCGACAACAGCGCUUCGCUGGGCUCUCGAGGGGGAAGAUUUCACUCUCAGAGUCGAAGCAAGAAGCCUAAUUUGAGUAAAAAGAGCUUUGACAGAACGUUCAUUGUCUUGCCGGGUCCAAAUGGAAGUAUGGUAGUUGCAAGUGAUCUUUUACUCAUCCGACCAUUCACCAGUGAAACUCCUUGGUCCAGCCCAACUUCACCUCUUCAACCAAGCUCGCAACCACAAUUAAUGGCGGCAAGUGUUCCAGGUCAGCAACCGCCGAAUGGAUUACCAGGAGCAACCUCAUUGACUGCACCAGCACCAGCACCAUCUGUACCAUCUACACCUGUACCAUCUAUGGUGGAGUUACCUCCGGAGAUUAAGUCGAAUCUUCAAGUCCCACAACAGGAAUUGUUAGUGAAGAUAAUAGUAGAGACGAAGCUUAAUCUACAAUACGCAGUGAUGCUUUGUGAACAAAGCCAAUGGGAUUACAACCAAAGCAUGGUGAAUUUCAAAAAUUCUGCUUCAUCGUUGCCACGAGACGCAUUUAUAUAG